GGCAAAGAAACAUGUCUGCGUCCAUGCGGUAGACGUCCUCAGCGAGUUGACUCCGAACAAAGUGACAAUUUUGUCAAAAAGGAUGGAUCUAUUUAUUUAAAUUCUUUUGUGUUUGAUCAAUUGAAAAAAAAACUGUUAACAUGACCACAAUACGACUUCUUACAUGUGACGAUUUAUUCAAGUUCAACAAUGUAAACUUGGACCCUCUGACAGAGACUUAUGGUCUCCCAUUCUACAUGCAGUACAUGGCUCAUUGGCCAGAGUACUUUCAGGUGGCUGAGUCACCCAAUGGAGAAAUCAUGGGUUACAUUAUGGGUAAAUCUGAAGGGAGAGCAGAUAACUGGCAUGGCCAUGUGACAGCCCUCACAGUAGCACCAGAAUACAGAAGACUGGGGUUGGCAGAAAAACUGAUGAAUAUUUUGGAAGAUGUUUCAGAGAAAAAAAUGUGCUACUUCGUGGACCUGUUUGUGCGGGUGUCUAAUAAGGUAGCAGUUGGAAUGUAUGAAAAGCUGGGAUACAGUGUAUACAGGCAGGUUAUAGAGUAUUAUUCUGGAGAAGUGGAUGAAGACGCAUUUGACAUGAGGAAGGCACUGUCCAGAGAUGUCGAAAAGAAGUCAGUCAUUCCCAUUCCACAUCCUGUGCGUCCAGAAGAGCUUGACUGACCAUAGUCCCUAGUGAGCAGUGUUAAUAACUAACCUUACUUUGUAGUGGAAUUCUUUGAAUAUGACAAAUACAUGUAUUGCCAUUUUAUAUUUGACAAAUUAUUGGUAGAAUUAAGACGAUUAUGCUAGUGUUUGAAAAAUUAUUUUAUUUGAAAAAUUGCUGGACUGAUAAAUGCAAGUGAAGAAACAGUUUGUAACUUCCUGAAGCUGCCGUGCAUAACAUUGCGAACAAUGAAAUGUUUACUCAAGUUGUUUGCAUUGAGCAUAAGUCUAAUUUAUUGAAAGCUAUAUUUUUAAAUGUUGUUGCAAUUGUCCAAGUGACAUAGAUUAUACUGCAGUAGCCGUGUCUGGCCAACAAAUAGAUGAAAACAGCAGGCUAACUUGCCUUAUUACUUUCACCUUUGUAAAUAGCUUGAUUUGCAAGCUUGGUCAUUAUUUAUUUGGUGAAUAGAGUCCAAGGUGAGAAAACUUGGCAGUAAACACCAAGUAGCAGCUGACAGAAGGAAACAUCAAUCAUUCUAGGUAAUUUGGAGGCAAGUUACAAUGAAAUAUGGGCCUCAUUUCCUGGUGACUUUUUUCCACUUAGACUUUACUUAAACGAUUUUUUUAUCCAUUUGAAAGCAUACCUUUGCAACUUUGUUUAGUGUAAGUUUUGUGUAUGAAGUACCACUUUUGUGUUGUAUUCAAUUAGCAUGAUAGCAUGAUGUAAUAAAUUUAAAACAUUUUUGGACUUGGUAUUUAUCCAUUAGUGGAACGUUAAGUAAAUUUAGAAAUGUUUUGUGGUUAUGUUUGACUUGCUCACUAGGGAAAUUAACAUUUUUUUCUGAAACCCCAACCUAUUUCAAUAAAGUUGUUUUAGUAAAUCCUCUUU